AUGCCAGAUCACGUAAAGAACGCAAAGAAGGACGCCAAAGAGGCCGUGAACCAAGCGGAGGUUGACGCGUCGCACAUUCCUGACGCGGCCAAGAAGGCCGCGCAGGAAUUGCGCUCUGAGGCCAAGGAACUCAGAGACGAAGCGGACCGUGAGUUUGAAGAGCUCAAGAACGACGACGCCGUAGAAAAGUACAAGAACACGGCGUUGGAAUACUUGCGUAUUGCAUCGGACCGUGCAGUGUCGUUGGGAUCGUUUUUCGCUGCCAAGAUCAGAAGCUCGUCGUCGCGUGCUGUUAGGGAGCUACAAAACCCAGUGGUGGUCGUCAACGCAGCGUUGGGUGCGGUUCUAGUGCCGCAGCUCUUGAGAGGCUACGCCAAACACCACGCCAGAUACCUCAGGGGAAAGUCUGACGCGAUCAUCAUUUCGACCGUGGGUGCUGCUACUGCAUUUUUGGCCCUCGACGCCUUUUUGUCUGUCAAAUACUACUCCAAAUUCGACAAGAAGAAGUUGUAA